UUAAAUAUUUUUUGAACAAAUUAAUAUUUGUUGUUGUACAAAAAAAUUUAUAAUAAAAUAUUCAAUUCAUACGUAUUAUACGUAAUUAUACGUAUAGUAUCAUGUAUACGUGUAUUUUAAAGUAUUUUUAAAAAUUAUGCGGAUACUGUUGCGAAAUUCAACAUCCUCCGGGAGGAUGGUGAAGUGGGCGAUGAUGUUAACUCAAUUCCACAUUGAGUACCGGCCAAGGUCGGCAAUUAAGGGACAGGCCCUAGCUGAUUUCCUAGUAGAAAUGACCGGUCUAACUCCAGACUUACCGGUCAACAAGCCCACUGAGCAAUGGUGGGAGAUGGCAGUUGACGGGGCAUCCGGUCUUAGAGGAUACGGGGGUGGUAUCGUGUUCACCACCCCAGAAGGGUUCAAGAUCUACCAUGCAAUUGUCUUCAACUUCAAGCUGACGAACAACGAGGCGGAGUAUGAAGCUCUGGCUGGAGGGCUCAAACUUGCCCAAGCCCUAAAAAUCAGCCGGGUCAGUAUCAAAUCUGACUCUAGCCUGAUAGUUGGACAGGUGACCGGUAACAUGGAGGCAAGGGAAGGGCGCAUGGCACAGUACAAGGAUCUUGUACUUGCCCUGUUGAAAGGCUUCGAAGAGUUCAAGAUCGCCCAAAUUCCCCGGGCGGAAAACACGGAUGCAGACCUUCUCUCCAAAUUAACGCAGUAUGCUCCCGAGCAUGUUUCAAAACUUGCCCGGGUAUAGAUCCUUGACCGUGCAAGCAUCGAAAAAUUGGAAGUCGCCGCUAUAACGGCCGGUAGCCAAUUUGACCGGUCAAACUUGGUCGGGGCGGACGACCAUUGGAUGUAUGAUCUGAUGGAAUAUUUGAUGGAUGGGAGCUUGCCAGAACAAGAUGACCGGGCAAGGAAAGUGAAGCUCAGGGCACCCCGAUUCCAGAUUCUCGAUGGAAAGCUGUAUAAAAGGGCAUUUGGGGG